AUGGCACCACUCUGCCUGGUGGGUAAUCGCCAGCCCCUUGCCGUGACGGCGGAAGCUUCGGAUCCCGGCAGCCACCACCAUCCCCGUCUGGGUCUGGGUCGGGGGCAGCCUGUCAGGGCCGGGAAAAGUAGGGGUGGCCCCGUUCCGAAUGCUCCGGAUUAUCCAACGCUACGCCCCAAUUCCGAUCCCGCGGACCUCGGCGCCGGCAUAUCCAUCUUGUCCGCUCUUGAUGACAGGCCGGAACGCAUAUCUACUCCCGACGGCGACACCGACGUCUUUCUCAAUGUAUUACUCGACGCAUCUCUCAACGCAUUGCUCGACGUGUUUCUCAGAAACGAAGCUGGUUGGACGGCAACUACGGCAGACGGCGGCUACAAGAAUCAACACGUCGAGAGCACGCACAGCCGUCACCGACCCUACGCAGACGCCUCGAGGGACGCGGCACAAAUUGUCAUUGGACUUUGGGGGCCUGCGAGCGAGUCCUGGACGGCUCGACAAACGGUGUGUCUUUGUGACGAGGAUCCCAGCUGGCAACUUCGGCCGGGCUCUACGGCUUAUUUACAAAAACAAAACUCGGAUCGCCCAAACAUUGGUACGGUCCAAGGCGUCCCUGGCAGGGUCAUCGACAAGGUGCAAGCACGGGGCGAUCCCCGCGUAUGUUGGCUCAGAGAGCGUAAACCCAUAUAG